ACAUAAUGGGUGUCAAUAAUGCAUGGGAGGAUAAUGUUUCUGUCCUGCUGGAGGACUUUGGUGCAAAAGAGCAGACGGAGCAGUGGUGGUACAGCAUCCUGUGCACGCUGGCGCUGAGACAUGGUGGGACAAGCGGAGCGGCUGGACCGUGCCCACUGAACAUCCCUAGGGCACGUUAAAAUCUAUAGGUGACACAGAGUGUUCCGAGGACCUGGAGGCGGCAGCACCAGUGUGGCUGUACCCAUGCCGGGGUGAACUCACAGUGGGAUUUUGCAGACAGUUCGAUAUCGAGCAGUCAAAGCCUGUUAGAGGGAAGGCUAUUUAAUUCCAUGAGAGAAUAUCCCACCUCGUUUGCAUAUUAAUCUCUUUGUUGGGUGCAGCUUUCGCGUUGCAGUCAGGAUGCAGCUGAGCCCGUCUCACGGAUUAACUGCCAUCACAGUAUUUUCCUUUACAUAGGUGCAUUUACUUUAUGGCCAUAGGGGUAUUUCCUUCUUCCCUGUAGAGGCUCUUGCUGAUUUACCUGUGCCCAUGCCUGAACUAGCUGGGUAUUAUUAGUGAGCCCUGCAUUCCUCCAGCCCCCGCCAGCACAGCACGGCCACUUACAUCAGCCCCAAAAGUCUAUUCCCUAAAUUAUUCAGAAUUACUGCUUUUGCCUUAUUUCUUCUCCAAAGACAAGCACACUUUGGAGGGUACUAAAAAUAAAUGGUUUUGUGGAGAACUGAAUGUAUUUUUUAAAGGAGAUGGCUCCCAUCGCUUUUCCCUGUGCAGAGGAAAGCCUAACCCUGCCUUUGCACACACUGUUACUGGUGUCACCCAGCCAGGGUAAGGGGCUUGGUGGCACCACAGGGGCUUGGCUUCAAGGAGGAAAUGAGUGGUAGAAGUAACAAAACUCUGAAAAAAAAUCCCAGUUACCCACCUGCAGCUUCUAUCUUCAUACUUUUUUUUUUAAUGAAAAAGAAUUGCAAAAAGCACCCAAGGUCCUGAGCGGAGGGUCCCAAGGACGCCCCAUAAGCACUGGCUGGGGGAUGGCUGGUGGGCUCCUGCCAGACCAGGAGCUCCAGGACCUCCUGCUUGGGAUGCAGUGAUCUUUCCAGUACAGCCUUAACUUUUGUUUGCUGGAUAAAAUGUCCUGGAUGGAAUUUACUUGGUGUGAAGCUGCCUCCUUGCUGGGUCUGCUCAAACCAGCAUGCGCAUCCCCCAGCUGACAGGGUAGUUUUAGCUUCAUCCAGGACAUGUGCUUAUUCUUAGCCUUGUUUCUAAGAAGUGCUUUGUAAGCAGGAGCCCGUAUUGGUUAAUGCCAUGAAACAUUAAUGACUUAGCAGGUGAGCUGCGGUCCUCCCGCAGAGCAGCUCCCCAGCAGCCAGCAUGGCACAGGAUGAGCCCGGCAGUGCUUUGCUUAGGGGAGGCACAAGCAUUAAAGCCAAACCCAAGUCGUACCUGAAGCCAGCUGAAAAAUAUGAUGAAGAGAAAAGAGGUAUCGCGGUGCUCGGGACCCCCGUGCCAUGAUCACAGCCCGCAAAACCUGGGAUCUGGGAGCCGUACCCUCGGCGAGAGCUGCCUGGAAGACGAAGGACCUUUCCCCGGACGGCUGUGGGCAGGACACACUCAUCACCGGGAGCGGAGCGGGCGCCUCUUCCCAGGUUCCUCUGCUGCCUAAGCUUGUUCACCAUAAAAUCCUCCACGUGAGCUGGCCGGACGCUGCAAACCCCCACAGGCUCUGCCUGGCUCUCCAGGCCCUGCAGGAGGCGGCGGGUGAGCGGAGGGAGGAGAGCCGGCACCAGGCCCCAACACCAGCCACGGAGGAGCCACUGGCGUCCCCCCGUGAGCCGGCAGCUGCCAGGCCGGUGCAGGCAGCCUCCACCAUGAACCUGGAGAAAGCAGGAGGGAGGCUCUGCAGUGGGAAACGUGCCAGCCUGCCAGCGGCCCGACCCUUCCCGGUGAUCCAGAAGGUGAUGGCCUCCAUGGCGCAUCUGCAGGAGGAGAAGCUGCGGCUGCAGGAGGAGCUGCUGGGGCUGCAGGAGAAGCUCGCUGCCCGGGAGAACGACGAGCUCUCCCACUCUCUCCAGCUGCAAGGCCAGGUUGAAACUCUGAAGGCGAAGCUCCUGGAGCAGGCACAGGAGAUCGGCCGGCUGCGCUCGGAGCUGGGUGGCACAGAUGCGGAGAAGCACCGGGACCUGCUGGCGGCCGAGAACGAGCGCUUGCGGCAGGAGAUGAAGGCGUGCGAGGGGGAGCUGCGGGAGCUGCGGCGGCAGCAGCAGGCACCGUGCCGGGACUGUGCCCACCUCCAGGAGAACGCCGGGCUGCAGGAGCGGCUGUCCCAGCUGCAGCGGGAGGCGGAGGAGAUGCGGGCCAAGCUGGCGGAGCUGGACCUGGAGGUGCAGCAGAAGACGAACCGCUUGGCCGAGGUGGAGCUGCGGCUCAAGGACUCCCUGGCCGAGAGAGCCGAGGAGGAGGAGCGGCUCAGCCGGCGGCUGCGGGACAGCCAGGAGACCAUCGCCAGUCUCAAGUCCCAGCCCCAGCAGAUAAAGUACAUCAUCAAGACAGUGGAGGUGGAGUCAGCCAAGGCAAAACAAGCCCUGUGUGAGAGCCAGUCCCGAAACCAGUACCUGCAGGAGCAGGUGGGGAUGCAGAGGCAGGUGCUGAAGGAGAUGGAGCAGCAGCUGCAGAGUUCCCAAAAGACGGCGGCUCAGCUCCGAGCUCAGAUCAUGAUGUACGAGGCCGAGCUGGAGCGAGCCCACGGGCAGAUGCUGGAGGAGAUGCAGGCGAUGGAGGAGGAGAAGAACCGCGCCAUCGAAGAGGCAUUUUCCCGUGCCCAAGUGGAGAUGAAGGCGGUGCACGAAAACCUGGCGGGUGUCCGGACCAACCUGCUGACACUGCAACCAGCACUGCGCACCCUCACCCACGACUACAACAGCCUGAAGCGUCAGGUCCGCGAUUUCCCCCUGCUCCUCCAGGAGACCCUGCGGAGCGCCAGGGCUGAGAUCGGCCAGGCCAUUGAGGAGGUGCACAGCACCAACCGGGAGCUGCUGCGCAAGUACCGGCGGGAGCUGCAGCUCCGCAAGAAGUGUCACAACGAGCUGGUGCGGCUGAAGGGAAACAUCCGUGUUUUUGGGCGAGUCCGCCCCAUCACAAAGGAGGAUGGCGAGGGCCCGGAGGCGGCCAACGCGGUGACCUUCGACGCCGAUGAUGAUGCCGUCCUGCACCUCCUGCACAAGGGGAAGCAGGUGUCCUUCGAGCUGGAUAAGGUCUUCCCCCCACAAGCAUCCCAGGAGGAGGUGUUUCAGGAGGUUCAAGCCCUGGUCACCUCCUGCAUCGAUGGCUACAACGUCUGCAUCUUCGCCUAUGGGCAGACGGGGGCAGGAAAAACCUACACGAUGGAGGGAACGGCAGCCAACCCAGGAAUCAACCAGCGAGCCCUGCAGCUCCUCUUCUCCGAGGUGCGGAGCAAGGCAGCCGACUGGGACUACGCCAUCAGCGUCAGUGCCGCUGAAAUUUACAACGAGGCGCUCAGGGACUUGCUGGGGAAGGAGCCACAGGAGAAGCUGGAGAUCAAGCUGUGCCCCGAUGGCAGUGGGCAGCUCUACGUGCCUGGGCUGACCGAGUUCAGGGUGCAGAGCGUGGAGGACAUCAACAAGGUCUUUGAGUUCGGCCAUGUCAACCGGGCGACGGAGUGCACCAACCUGAAUGAGCACAGCUCCCGUUCCCAUGCCCUCCUCAUCGUCACCGUCUGUGGCCUUGACCGCAGCACGGGGCUCCGCACCACAGGGAAGCUGAACCUGGUGGACCUGGCGGGAUCGGAGCGGGUCGGGCGGUCGGGCGCAGAGGGCAGCCGGCUCCGCGAGGCGCAGCACAUCAACAAGUCCCUCUCGGCAUUGGGUGACGUCAUUUACGCCCUGCGCUCCCGGCAAGGCCACGUGCCCUUCCGCAACUCCAAGCUGACGUACCUGCUGCAGGACUCCCUCAGCGGCGACAGCAAGACCCUCAUGAUGGUGCAGGUCUCCCCCGCUGAGAAAAACACCAGCGAGACGCUGUGCUCCUUGAAGUUCGCCGAGAGGGUUCGCUCGGUGGAGCUGGGUCCCGUCUCCCGCAAGGCUGAGCUGGCCUCCUGGCCCAGCCAGGAGCAGCUGGAGGGUGACUCGCCGGGGACCACGGCACCCUCUGGCCGGGGCCACGCGUCCCCCAGCCCGGGGCAGCUCUCUGGCCGUGCCGCCUCCAUCCGCAGGAAGCUCCAGACCUCAGGGAAGCUGAGGCCGGUCCCCAUGUGACAAGUGCCAGCCCUGGCACCAAACCCACUGCAGGAACCAGACCCUCAUGGUGCUACCAAGAGCUGGCUGCUGGAAGACAUGAAGGCUUCUGUGCCAUCCCCUUGCCCACCAGGACCCACGACCAGAGGGUGAUGGCACCUCUCACCAUGAGCAGCACGGGGCUGAGCUCUCCCAGCAGCCAGACCCCUCUCUUAGCAGUGGGGGCCAGUGGUGCUGGGCAGGG